AUGGUGUUCCUGGUCACAGCACUCGCAGCCUUGGAGAUUGGCGCUGCUGCACUCAGGCAGCCGAUGGGGCAGAGCACCUCCGUGUCGGAAGAGGCCGUCGCGGUGAAGUCACUAGACAAAGCGAAAAUGAAGCAAAUGAAGGUUCCUGACACGCUGGUUACGGCCGAGGUCGAGUUUAUGCGCGAGUGCAAGGGGCAACCUUGGUUUGUUCAGCUCUACGACUUCCUGGACACCAGCCACAAGUUCUACCUGUUGCUUGAGCUUUGUGAUGGAGGGAAUCUGGAGGAUGCAGCCAGAAGUCUAAAUGACGGUCUCAGCGAAGCCCGCUGCGCAGCCUUCAUGCAGCAACUUCUGUCUGGAAUAGCGUUCCUCCACUCCCGGAAGAUCUGCCACAGAGACAUCAAGCCGCAGAAUGCGAUGCUUCUAGGUGACGCACGAGACUCCAACUCUCGGCUUCGGCUGGGAGACUUCGGGAUUGCAGGGUUCUUAGCUCUCAAGGCCGUGCGACUCGGAGAGAAGCUCCUCACGGAGAAGCUGGGCUUCGUUCUGAGCACGCCAGCCUUCAUGGCGCCAGAAAUGCACAUGCUGCCGAAGUCAAACGGGUACGAUUGCAAGGUGGAUCUUUGGGCAGCGGGGACGUUCAUGGUCUUCCUUCUGUCCUUGGAGUAUCCGUUUGUGGAUCCAAGCGGCCGUCUGCUGAAGAAUGACCUGCUGAGAGGAGAUUUGCCUAUUUGGGAGGGGAACGCCUUCCAAAGCCUCUUUCGGAAUGUUCAGGAAGCUGCUGGUCUUCGAAGGAAGAGGCCAUCGCCGGUUGCCCGCGAUUUGGUGCGGCGCCUCCUGCGACCGAAGAGGACCUUGCGACCCGAAGCCGAAGAAGCCCUCAAGCAUCCCUGGUUCAGGGCCCCUCUCCUGGAGCCUGGCGACCAGCGCGAGGAUGAUGCUGCCGAUCCUUUGCUCCAGUGGGCCGACUUCGAGGACGGAUUUGCCGCCAUCUCCCGGGAGUUCCACAGGAAAGCCCAGGAGAUGGUGGAGGCAGUGGGAGAGAUCCAGAUUGGCAUCGACCUUCCCGAGCCUCACAUCCAGCUGGACCUGCAGGACGACAGGAUGCGGAAUUGUGUUGUAUGCUACCAGAGUUCCGGCCACUUCGGCUUCUACUGUGACCAGUGCUAUCACAGCGUGUGUAUCGGCUGCUUGGUGAAGCUGCCAAAGCCGGAGUGCCCGCACUGUCGCAAGCCAGCCUCCGACGUGGCAGCGGCGCAGCACCUUGCCAAAGUCGCCGAGAACUUUGAUGCCAAGGCUGCUCUGCAAGUCGCUAUUCAGGUCGGCGCAGAGGUGGCCGACAACUUGGACAAGGUCGGAUCUGGAGCGGUGCUGGAUCUGAGUUUGCCAAGGCACGCCACAGAACGUGAUCGCGAGCGCGGCCGUGCUUGCUGCCUCUGCCAAGAGCCAUCAUCUGCCACCAAUCAUGUCUGCCCUGCUUGCCAUGCCAGUAUUUGCUAUACCUGCGCCCGCACGGAGCUGUCAGAGCGACGAUGCCCUGCAUGUGGUGAUGUUGAGAAGAACGCGGAGCCCUUGCGCCACUACCUGGCUGCUGGCGAGGCCUGGGAGACAGCCAUGGGCCUGGCAAAUCGUGCUGGCGAGGCUCUCAAUGAGGUAGAGGCAUUUGCGACACGUGCCUUUUCCAGCGACGGAUCGCCUCUGAUCUUGCACGCUGAAGACCAGGCAGCGCUGCGACGGACGAUCUCCCGUCAGGCUCAGCUCCAGGUCUCUCACUGCUGCUUCAAGUGCAGUGCACCGAGCUCUUCCUUUGACCUGGCUUGCAGCAAAUGCUCCGUGGCUCUUUGCUCCGCUUGUGUGGGUCGGCUCGGCGAGAGGCCCUGCUGUCCUGGUUGCAAGGACACCGAAGUUUUCAAUGUGGCAGCUGUUCGUUUCCACCAGAGUGCGCAGCAGAUCACCACAUCCGCUGCCAGCCUCUGGGAGGGCAUCUUGUACCUCGGCAAGGAGCUUCUCGAAAGCAGUCCGCAAGGCUCACCUGUCGCGGCUGACGCCAGUUCAGGGCCUGGAAAACCACGCCUGCUGGCACCAGCUGCCGCAACCCACAGGUCCUUGCCGCAUGCAGGGGACGUCCAGAAUAUUGAAGAUGAAGUGGCACUGGAGCUGCAUUCGGAGAAGUUGUAG